AAGUAUUUCUUCUUUGUCGUGUCUGUCUUCAUGAUGUUGGGAUUUUUGUGGGAAAAAAAAAGUGUUAGUUGGAUAGAGUGCAGAGCAAUAACUUGAGCUAGUAUGAAAAUAUCAUUCUUUGUUUAGUGUCAUCCCUUGAGAAUUGUGGGUUUGUGUGAUCAGUUUGCUAGGAAGUGUAUAAAGAAUUUAUAUUUUCAUUUGAAGGGGAGUGCAAAAAUGGCAGCCUUCCGGCUGCUUUUCUGCUGUCUGUUUCUCUUGACAUGGAUCAGUGCAAUCUCUUCUGAGACGAACCCGCAAGAUGCUGCUGUACUCCGAUCGCUGAAAGAUCAAUGGGGAAACACGCCCCCGAGUUGGGAUAAAUCAGAUGAUCCUUGUGGAGCCUGGGACGGAAUUACCUGCAACAACUCCACCUUACGAGUCACUGCAAUAGGACUAUCAACAAUGGGACUAACAGGGACCAUGACUGGUGAUAUUGGGGGCCUAACUGAACUGAUUUCCUUGGACUUGUCAUUCAACCCUGGCUUCACAGGUCGCCUUUCUCCUCGGCUAGGAGAUCUGCGAAAUUUGAACAUAUUAAUUCUGGCAGGGUGUAGCUUUUCUGGCAAUAUACCAAGUGAACUGGGGAAACUUGCAAACCUAUCUUUUCUAGCGCUUAACACCAAUAACCUAACUGGGAAUAUACCACCUUCCCUUGGCAAACUUUCUGAACUCUAUUGGCUUGACCUUGCUGAAAAUGAGUUGACAGGGCCUCUCCCUGUAUCAUCAACAGAGCUAGGUCCAGGCCUUGACUUCCUUAAAAAGGCAAAACACUUCCAUUUCAACAAAAAUCAGCUUUCAGGUGAAAUUCCAGAAAAGCUUUUUAGCUCGGAUAUGUCUCUAAUACACGUACUGUUCGAUGGGAAUCAAUUGGAAGGGAGCAUUCCAUCCACAAUAGGAAAGGUUCUGACACUUGAGGUUCUUCGACUUGAUCGAAAUGGCCUGACUGGAAGUGUCCCGUCAAACCUCAACCAUCUCGCAAAUAUCACUGAAUUGAAUUUGGCUCACAAUAUGUUGACUGGUAAAUUACCAAAUUUAACCGGAAUGAAUCUCCUCGGUUAUGUGGACUUGAGCAACAACUCUUUUCAGAAAACAGAGGCUCCAGAAUGGUUCUCAACUUUACAGUCUCUAACUACGUUGGUAAUUGAACAUGGACCGCUACAGGGAUCGCUGCCACCUGAAGUUUUUAGCUUACCUCAGAUUCAGCAAGUGAAACUGAAAAAUAAUGCCUUGAGUGACAAAUUAGACAUGGGCGGAAAUGUUAGCCAGAAGCUUCAACUAACUGAUUUGCAGGACAAUGAUAUAUCAUCAGUUAUACUUAGUUCGGAAUACAAAAGUACAUUAAUACUAAUUGGGAACCCUGUGUGUGAGACUGCGCCAGAAAAUGCGGUUUACUGUCAGCUUCAACAAUUGCCUAGACCUUAUUCGACCAGUCUAGCAAAUUGUGGAAGCAAAAUGUGUUCCCCUGAAGAAAAAUUGAACCCACAAAGUUGUGAAUGUGCUUACCCAUAUGAAGGAACAUUAUACUUCAGAGCACCCUCCUUCAGGGAAUUGUCUAAUGCGAGUUUGUUCCAUUCUCUAGAAAUGAGCCUUUGGGUGAAUCUAGAGCUCUCUCCUGGGUCAGUUUCUCUGCAGAACCCCUUCUUCAACGUUGAUGACUAUCUUCAGGUGCAGCUGUAUCUUUUUCCAUCCGAUGCAAAGUAUUUCAAUAGGACAGAAGUUCAGAGACUUGGUUUUGCAUUAACUAAGCAAACUUACAAGCCUCCAAAAGAGUUUGGACCAUACUAUUUUACAGCAGAUUCAUAUAUUUUUCCUGAUGAAGGCCAGGGAACUCGUGUUAGCUCAGGUGUGAUCGCCGGAAUUGCUACUGGCUGUGCAUUUUUGGUUCUGGUGCUUGCCGGGCUGGCGACAUAUGCUCUACGACAAAAAAAACGUGCUGAACAAGCCAUAUCAUUAAGUAAACCAUUUGCUUCAUGGGCUCCAAGUGGCAAAGAUAGUGGAGGAGCACCACAACUAAAAGGAGCUAGAUGGUUCUCUUAUGACGAGAUCAAGAAAUGCACCAAUAACUUCUCUCAAAGCAAUGAGAUUGGCUCAGGAGGCUAUGGCAAAGUGUACAGGGGCUUUCUUUCAAGUGGACAAGUAAUUGCAAUCAAAAGAUCUCAACAAGGUUCCAUGCAAGGUGGACUCGAGUUUAAGACUGAAAUCGAGUUGCUUUCACGAGUUCAUCACAAAAACCUUGUUGGCCUUGUGGGAUUUUGUUUUGAGCAAGGAGAACAGAUGCUGGUAUAUGAGUUUAUGCCUAACGGAACACUAAGGGAGAGUUUAACUGGAAAAAGUGGCAUUCAUCUAGGUUGGGAGAGGAGGAUACGUACAGCACUUGGGGCAGCUAGAGGACUAUCUUAUCUACACGAGCUUGCUAAUCCUCCAAUAAUUCAUCGGGAUGUCAAGUCCACCAAUAUUCUGUUGGAUGAAAAUCUAACAGCGAAGGUUGCAGAUUUUGGCUUGUCUAAGCCGAUGUCUGACGCCUCCAAAGGGCACGUCUCCACUCAAGUUAAAGGCACGUUGGGUUAUCUAGAUCCCGAAUACUACAUGACACAACAAUUAACUGAGAAAAGUGACGUCUAUAGUUUUGGUGUGGUGAUGCUUGAACUGAUAACUGCAAAGCUGCCCAUUGAGAAGGGAAAAUACGUAGUACGUGAAGUAAGACUAGCAAUGAACAGGAAUGAUGAAGUGCACUGUGGAUUAAAAGAAAUGAUGGAUCCGGCCAUUGGAAACACCCCGAAUCUUAUAGGAUUCCCGAGGUUUCUUGAAUUGGCAAUGCAAUGUGUUGAAGAACUAGCCUCAGACCGUCCAACAAUGAGCGAAGUGGUGAAGUCCCUCGAAAUAAUUUUACUAAAUGAUGGCCUAAACACAAACUCAACAUCUGCAUCCUCAUCUGCCACGGACUUUGGAUCUACAAAAGGCACCCGCAGACACCCUUACGACGAUUCUGUACCUAGAAAGGAUGCCAAUGAGAGUGAUGCAUUCAAGUAUAGUGGUGGAUAUGCGCUCCCACCAAAAGUUGAACCAAAAUAACGGUACAACUACAUGGCUUUUCAAUCUUUAAACAAUUGCUCUUUUUGUCAAAUAAAUUUAGUUACAUAUGCAAAUAGAUUUACAAGGUUUUCUUUUGUGUCCAAUGUAUGGUGAGAGAAUUGUUUCAUAACUUGUGGAUUGGAUAAUUUAUUUUUAUUUUUUCGACA